AUGCUGCAAAACCUCGUCAACGAGGAAGUCGUCAUCCGUCUCAAAUGGGGGCAGACCGAGUACAAGGGCCGCUUGGUUAGCAUCGACAGCUACAUGAACAUCCAGCUGUCGGGCGCGGAAGAGUGGAUCGAUCAAGAGAUGACCAGUGUCUUGGGCCAGGUGCUGAUACGAUGCAAUAAUGUCCUGUGGAUUCAAGGCGCGAAUCAGAAUAACGGGAAUGGGGAUACGAAGAUGGAAGGAUGA